GUAGACAGCACUGAGGGAGUCUGGGACCACUCUCCUGGUGCUUCUCCUCCACGGCUCUUUGCUCUGUUUCCCUUGGCAGCAGGCGGGACGAGCAGGAGCAGGAGGAGGCUGCCCUGGCCAUUUGCACGGCCAGUCAUCUUGGCUGCAGCAGGGGCACCAGAGCCAUUGGGCUCUGCUGGUGUGGGAGCUCUUUUUGGCCGGCCCCUGGCAGAUCUGUGCAACCAGGACAGCAUGCUGCCCCAGCCCAUCCAGGACCUGCUGGCUCUGCUCAAUGAGCACAGCCCAUCCACAGAGGGGAUCUUUCGGCAGGCGGCCAGCGAGUGCGCCUGCCACGAGAUCAGGGACGCACUGGACAGCGGGAUGCCAAUGCAGCUGGAAAACCAGCCUGUGCUGUUGUUGGCUGUCUUCUUGAAGGACCUCCUCCGGAAGAUCCCCUCUAAGCUUCUCAGCAUCCAGCUGUACUAGGAGUGGAUGAGUGCCAUGGAGAAGACCAGCAGGCAGGAGAGGCUGGCAGUGCUGAGAGGGGUGGCCAGCAAGUUGCCAGAGGCAAACCUCCUCCUGCUGGGCACUUGCUAUCCCUGCUUAGAAGGAUCAGCAGGAACGUGGCCAUAACCAAGAUGACUGCUGGGAACCUGGCCAUCUGCCUGGCACCAAACCUCCUGAGCCCACCCCAGGAGCUCCCCCUGGAUAUCCUGGCUCUGGAGACAGGGAAGGUGACGCAACUCGUCGAGUUCCUCAUCGACCACCAUGAGGAGCUCCUUGGAGAGCAGGUGGCUGGGCUGGCCAGAGAGGAGGAUGAGGAGGCACCAGCAGCACAAGCAGAGCUGGAAACAGCAGAGGUGCCUCCCAUCACUCCCGAGAGCAAAAAACAGAGGAGCUCUUCCGGGGAGAAAAGGUUCCCAGGUUCUUCACAGAACACCAGGAAGCAGAGAGCAGCCUGGGAAGAGGGCAGUGAUGGGCCACCGUGCCAGAAGAAAAGCAGAACUGAGCUCUCAGGGAUGUGCGACUGAAGAAAUUCAAGCAGGGGAAUAACAAGGCACCCAGGUAUGUAGCAGACCCUGUGUUCCAUCUUUUUGUCAAGCUCUGAAUAUAGGAAAUGUUCCUGAGGUGCACAGGAUUGUCCUGCCCUCGGGGGAGCAUGUAUGUUAGGAGAAACAUACUACCCCAGCAUUGCCGGCCAACC